ACGAUAAACAUGUAAAUGUCACGUGACGUGCGCUAAGAGCGAUGAUGAAAUGAACUUUAUGCUUUUAUUCUGAAGGGUAGAAUCGUUUUGGCUCUGACCCGGGUCCUACACCACCGAGGCGCCGUGCUGUAAUUGCGACCUACCAUACAAAGUUUUGUCUCUUCGGCCUCUGAACUCGUCGUCAUGAGGAAGAAGCAGAGACGACCAGAGAGGAAGAACAUGUGACCACAUCCUGACAGAACACACACACACACACACACACACACAGUCGGUCGGAGUCAGUCGGAGUCGCUGAUGUUUCAGAUCAUCAGAUUCACGUGAUGACAUCACACACGUCUGACCUGUGGACCUUUUCCUCUUCCUCGCCUCCUCCCAUCAUGCAUCACUUCACUCUGUCGCAGUCACCUCCUCCCCUCUCCUCUCCCUCGUCACUCAGUUACCACGGAAACACUCGUCAUGUCAAGGUCACCUCCCCUCAUCACUUCCCUCCUCUCCCGGUCACCUCACCUCACCUUGUACCCCAGCCCCCUCACGUCCUCGCUCCCCCCCAGCACCAGGUGACCUCCCCUCACCUUGUACCCCAGCCCCCUCACGUCCUCGCUCCCACCCAGCACCAGGUGACCUCCCCUCACCUUGUACCCCAGCCCCCUCACGUCCUCGCUCCCCCCCAGCACCAGGUGACUCCCCCUCACCUUGUACCCCAGCCCCCUCACGUCCUCGCUCCCCCCCAGCACCAGGUGACUUCCCCUCACCUUGUACCCCAGCCCCCUCACGUCCUCGCUCCCCCCCAGCACCAGGUGACUCCCCCUCACCUUGUACCCCAGCCCCCUCACGUCCUCGCUCCCCCCCAGCACCAGGUGACUCCCCCUCACCUUGUACCCGAGCCCCCUCACGUCCUCGCUCCCCCUCAGCUCUUCUUCUGCAGCCAGAACCACGAUCCAGGUUUCGUUGAUCCGAACUGGACAGAACCUGAAUUCCUCUAUGGCGACACUUUCUCCUUCCAGAACCAGACCACGUCUCACCCACACCUCCAGAACCAGAACCAGAACCAGUUCAGUACUGGUGUGACUCACAGUUAUGGUGUGUCAGGUCAGGACCCCUGGGGGCUUCUGCAGCCGCCCCUGUCCCAGACACAAUGGCCUCCGCUGGGGUCCGUGUCGGGGGGAGCGGCCCUUGGGAGUUGGAAUUCACUGGACUUCAGCUCAUCGUCGACCGACGAUUUCAAUUCCCAGUUUCUCCCUGACAGUAACGGCCCUCAGGACUUCUGUAGUCCCAACACCCCGGGUCCAAGUCCUCAUUACCCACAGACCCUGACCACCUGCAGCCCCGGGCCUCAAUCGCAUCACGGGGACGAGAGUCUGUAUUUUCACUCACAGACCUUCACAGACUUCAGCUGCUGCCCCCGUCCAUCUGAUAACUGCCCCCUGACCUCUGGACCCGGUCAGACCAUCCCACACCUCCUGCUGAUCCAGGACCAGGUGGGCUCAGAGACCAGUUUCUCUCCAGGAGCAGGAGGGGGAGGUGGGGGCCGGGGGGUCAGCGGUGCUGCCCAGGCUCCGAGCCUCCCUGCUGGGCCGACCUGGACAGGAGGAGGGGGACGAGCACAUUGGACCUGGAUAAAAAGUCCACAAAGUGAAAUGGGCCCGAAGGUUUUAGAUCACAGGCUGCUGUGUACAGUGUGUCAUCGUGACUUCCGGAGUCUUCCAGCGUUGAACGGACACAUGCGUUCCCACGGCGGCGGCGUCCGGUCGGCGACAUGUCUGAAAAAGGUCCUCGCCCCUCCUCCGGUCCCGACCUCAGUCUCCAUGGUAAUGCCGGUGUCCGUGCCUGUCCCGCCCAGAGGGGGGGCUCAGCGUCGGGGUGGACAGAGGAGACGCGGCCGUCACCUCCCUCCGGCCACCGGGGGCGCUGUGCUCUACCGCAGCAUGAUGCACCUGGAGGAGGAGGAGGAGGAGGAUGAAGUUCAUUACACGCCCCCGCCCAUGCUGUGUCCCCUCAGGGCGGGGCCGGGGCUGUACUGCUCCCUCACCACCAGGAGGCAGCAGCUGCACCACACACACAACGGACUCAUUGACUUUGUUGCCAUGGAGACACUAAUUAGAGAAACCAUCGAGCCGAGGAUCAAUGUAGGGCAGGGGUUCCAGGCUGAAGUCCCGCCCCUACGCAAAUACGCCCACUCCAACCCCCAGAAUGCACUGCUGCUAUGGACGCCGUGGGCCGAGCUGGAGGAACCGACCAACCAACACCGAGUCAAGGCUCUGUUGACGAUGGCUCGAUCCAGCGUGGUGCCAGGGGGCGCGGCCAGCCCAGACCACGCCCUCCACGUCCUAUCAGAGAGCAGAGGAGACUUCCUGCUGACGGUGGAGAAGCUUCUGUCGACCUCCGACAGCCUCACAGGCGUCAGCUGGAGCGCCGCAGAGACGAGGCUGCUGGUUCAAUCCCUGCAGCUCCACAGUAAAAACUUCAGACGAGUCCAGAGAGCAGUUCAGACCAAGUCCCUCCCCCAGUGUGUGGAGUUCUAUUACCUGUGGAAGAAGAAACUGAGUCUGAGGGUCAGGACCCCGACGGGACCGGGACUGACCGUCACGCUGCCCGACACAAACGUAAGAAACUGUCAAAUGACGGAGAGACGACUUUGUGUGAAUGAGUCUCACACGACAACAGUUCACGUGAAGAAAUCACAUUCUGUCUGAGACAGAUCUAUAACUCAUCAUCACCACAUCAUCAUCCAAACCCUCAAGACCAUCUGGUCCAUCUGGUCCAUCAGGUCCAUCUGGUCCAUCUGGUCCAUCAGGUCCAUGUAGUCCACAGUCUGGUCCAUCAGGUCCAUCUGGUCCAUCAGGUCCAACUGGUCCAUCAGGUCCAUGUAGUCCACAGUCUGGUCCAUCAGGUCCAACUGGUCCAUCAGGUCCAUGUAGUCCACAGUCUGGUCCAUCAGGUCCAACUGGUCCAUCAGGUCCAUGUAGUCCACAGUCUGGUCCAACAGGUCCAUCUGGUCCAUCAGGUCCAACUGGUCCAUCAGGUCCAUGUAGUCCACAGUCUGGUCCAUCAGGUCCAUCUGGUCCAUCAGGUCCAACUGGUCCAUCAGGUCCAUGUAGUCCACAGCCUGGUCCACAGUCCAGACCGUCACGUCCAUCAAGUCCUUGGAUGUUUUUUUUUUACCUUUGACAAAUGGGCUCCAAACGUUAAUCGUCUGUUAAAUAAUAUUCUCAACAUGUUCGUGCAUGUGUCGUUGGAUGAAUAUGAAACAUGUCAGAACAUAGACUGCAGAUGAAUAAACUGAUUAAAACAUUGA